CAAAGAAACCCAGGACAAUGCACAGCCCACACCAUAUUCACAUUCAAGACCAAAACUGCUGCAAACCAAGCCAUCAGAUUCAGCUUAACAAUAGAAGGUAGAAAAGUAUUCGGACGUAAGCUAAUCCAGGAACCCACUUGCUGCCUGAAAUGCCAUGCAAUCAGAGGCAACCACAUGGCAGCAGACUGCCCUCAAGAACUGGACAUGUGCAGGACCUGCAGAGUCAACAACCCUGAACUAUUCUUCUGUAUCAACUGUCAAACCAACAACCAUGCAGCCUGGAGCAGAGACUGCCCCACCUUUAUCAGAAAGUGGGAAGUGAACCAAGGCCAACAAGAAGAUGCCCACUACAUCUACUUCCCCACCAACAAUCCACUAACAUGGGACACCCAUCCUGGACAGAAUGAACCAUGGCAGAACAAUGACCAGAACCAAGGCCAAUGGAACCAGCCCCAAGCCCCCAUCAAACAAUGA